AUGUCGUCUAAUAUCCUUUUUAAUAUUGAAUAUAGCUGUAAAAAGAUGGCACCCUCCCCCUCCUCCCGCCGCCCUCUCAUGAGGCGUUUAACAGCUGUUUGCGUUUUUUCAGUCUUUAGCGGCUUUUUCUGCACCUCUGUUGACUCAUUCAGGCCCAAUGACGCGCCGAACAGCUAUCCAGACCCUGCGGUGUCCGAACAUACCACCACACAGGGAAUCAUUCAACCUGACGCUUUCAGCGCUGUCCAAACAAGCACCCGCGUUAGCACCAACGAAGAAGGAGCGUCCCUAGCGGCGUAUAUGGACUUGCAAAGGGCUCUUGAGGCUUCAGCAGCCGGUGUGUCUGUGGAUCUUCCCCACUCGACGGAAUUCGCUGAAGCUUUCGUCGAAUAUAAAAACACCGGCAUCUGCGACAGCUGGACAGACUCAAGCACCAACAAGGUUAGUGCAGCAAAAUCAGGUGCUGCCUCAACAGCAGUAGAGGCAGCGGCAGCAACUUCAGUAGCAAGGGCAGUAGCCGAUGUAGCGGUAGCAGUAGCAGCAGCUUCACCAGGUCUACACUGCACUCACUUCUUUACUCUAGCUGCGUGCGAUACCUCAUCGAGCAGCUUGUCUGAGGAGAGGAUGGAGGAACUGCUUCUGCAGCGCGAUGGCGAGAAGCCGCAGAAGCCGCAGCUGGAAGAGGACGAGCAGCGGCUGAUUGUAGAGCAGCUAACAUCAGGGGACGACGAUGAGGUUGCAGUGGCUGUGUUGGAAUCGGUGUUUAGACCCCUCCCUUUGACUUGCCUCGUCAUCGGAUCCUUCGUAUUGCUGCUGUAUAUAUUUUUCUUGUUGCCACAAAAGUGCUGCAUGAGAUGCAGGCGACUUUGCUGCUGCUUAGCUCGAAAGACAAGACAGUUCUCUUCCUGUUUUGUCUUGUGUUGCACCGUCUUCGGAGGCCUUCUAGCCGCUGCUGGAGUGUACAUGAUUAUUCACGGUCAAGCUUCGAUGCAGCAGUCGCUGCACGCGUUGGGGGCCUCCAGCUGCUCUGCUCUUGAGGCUGUACAGACAGCGGAGUGGGGAUACCAGGGGCCUCCUCUAUUGCAGCAAGGAGACACCAGCAGUGUCGUCGCUCAGCCCCGUAGUGUCCUGUCGCAGCUGCUGCAUGCAGGAAGCAGCAGCAGCAGCAGCAGCAGCAAUAGCUUUUUGGGGGUUCGCUUGCUGAUGGACGCGCUGAAGGGCAUCGAAGGGCUGCUGACCGCAGGCAGCAGCAGCAGCGUGUCGCAAAUGAUUCUAGACUAUGUUAAUAACAGAGGUUCGUUAGAGCAGAAUAAGGGACACCUUUCCAAAGUCCAUACUGCCUCUUCGUUCAACCUGAAGGAGCUGAAGAAAGUAGCGGACGAGCACUUUAUGAAAAACCUCUUUAUUGAAUCUGUCGAGACACUGGGCGACGGUGUGUACACAUCACUUCUCGCCUCUCCGGACAGCUUCACUUCUGCAGUUACAAAGGCUGUACAGCAGACGCCGUUGCCUUCGGUGGAUCUUACAAGCACAGUUGACUUGCAGCCGCUGACUGCUGCAACUUCGGAGCUAGAGCGGGUUGCUGCUGAGGCUACCCGUACCGGAGGGUUUGUUGCUGUCUUGGGGCCCCUGUUGCUGUGGACGGAGGUAGCGUUUGUAUUUUUAGCGGUUGCAUUUGCCGUUGUUGCUCUUAUUCUCUUCCUUGGAAGCAAAGGGAAGCGCAGCGAGACCUUCAGCGGCAUAGCGUGGAUUUUGCUGCUCCUGAUAACAGCCGUAGGCCUCCUCCUCACUGGCGGUCUCUUUCUGGGACAUUCCCUCGGCGACCCCCUCUGCUCGUGGGGAAUAGAGAAACUAUGGGGGCAGCAGCCUGCGCAGGAUACGCAUGAAGGAGACAAUCAUCUCGGCGGUCACGAAGGUGAAUUCUCCUUGGGUGUAGAAGCUUCAGACACCUUGAAGCGCUGCGUCACUGACGACAGCUACAACUUCCUAGAAGAAGCAGGGCAGCCGAUGCUAAUCAGCCAAGCUCAAGAAAGUCUGCAGAAAGCACAAGACGCAAUCCUUAAGUCUAUGCCGCAGUACCAGGCUAGCAGUGAGCUCGAAAACGUGGAGAAAAUUCAGCAGUCGGUUAAUGAUCUUGGAUACCUCUUUAUCUUCGACCAGGAGAAGUUGGCGAAAGACCCCUCAAAAAGAAGCCUGCUAGACACAUUUCCAGAGAUCCUCAAUAGUGGCAUUCAGCUGACGACCACGACGGUCUCUAUAGCAGGGGAGAGCACGAAAGUGUUGGGAUUGUCUGACGUCAGCAAGUUUCUCUAUCCCUUUGCGUUGGAAGGCUUCGAGGGAGUUAACCCAACAAUCACGAUCACAGCUGAUUACCCCGAGCCUGAAGACGGCAACUUCGUGUUAGCCCUGGAUGCAGUGGAGGCCAAAAAGAGGCAAGAGCUGCAAGCUCAAGGUGACAUACAAGCGAUUUCAAAGGCAGCGGACUACAGGAAGAAGUUCAGAAACGCAGCACUACUCUGCAAACUGAAGCUGCAAAUCCUGGAAAAGAUGAUUCCUUGCUAUCGCUUCUCCUCCAACGGAGACCCCAUACGCACCAGCUGCAGCGGCAAGGAGUUCUUUGGCCAGCCCAAACUCGGCGACUGGAAUGUCGUGGAACAGUCGGUGUACUAUCUGACAGUAGCAAGCCGCCAUUUGAACGAAAGCAUGCAACGCUACACCACGGAAGUUUCUGAUUACAUAAAGGGGAUGCUGGGCCUUUUGCAGGCAAUCCUUUCGAAUCUCUCAGACUCCCUCAACUGCUCUUUCGUCAGAGAGCACAUGCUGACUUCGGCCUACUUGGGUUGCUACGAAGGCAUAGACCGCAGUUGGAAUGCCGCAAUGCUGCGUCUGAUCGGGGAGCUGUGCGCCGUCCUGCUGGGUUUGUUGCUGUUUGUCUUGUGGCGCAUGCAACGGGAUAACUCCCAACUGCAGCGGCAGCACCAGAAGCAUGCAGAGCAGCAGCCGCUGAGAGGGGAGGGAGAGACGGAGAAGGUGGCGUUCGACGAGACAGGAGUAGACGCCACCACAAAGGAAAGGGAGACAGAGCAGCCCGUCGAGGGCUCAAGCUCCAUGUGGGCCUAA